AUGGGAAACAACCCAUACCUCAAGGUUGCAGGCAACAGAGUGAGAGAGGCCCAUAUAGAAUUUCCUGAUGGAGAGAUGGUUACCUGUAUCACAGCUAUCAAAGGAACAUCUGGCUUCUCUUCUGGAAAACACUACUGGGAGGUUUAUAUGUGGAGUAAAUACAUAGAGGUCAAACAGUCCUGGUGGGUAGGAGUUACAAGUGCAGCUGAAAUCCCCAAUAAUUCAUCCACAUCUUUUCCAAACACAUCUAAUGGUUUCUGGUUUCUGUCUUCGUCUCCCAAAAGAGCAAAUAGUUUUCAGUUUAGCACACAACCUGAGAUUUUAAUACCUUUCCAUUCAAGACCAGAGACGGUCGGUGUGUAUUUGGAUCGUGACAGUGGUGAGCUUUCAUUUUAUAAUGUAGAAGAGAAAACACUAAUUGGAUCUUUCACGGCUACAUUCAAAGGUGAAAUCUUUCCAUUAUUUAACCCUGGGAAAGGUGACAAAACAUGUAUGGAAGUAGUACAGAGGAAAGUACAGAGUCAAACAGGUGAUGAAGGAAACUUUUAUGCUGACCUUUAA